CCCCCUAUAAAAGGCAGAUGGAGCCUCCAGAUUAGCAGAGUUAGAUCAACCCAGAAGACUCUAGCCUUCACUCCAAAGCCCUUGCACUUAACAUGAAGAUCUCCGUGGCACUUCUGUGCCUGCUGCUCCUAGCUAUUACUGUCAUCCCAGGGGAGAUGGCCCAACCAGAACUAGUUCCAGAUGCAAUGUCCCUCCAAGUCCACUGCUGCUAUUCUGUAAUAAAUCGGAAGAUCCCCUUUCAGAGGCUGCAGAGCUACAGGAGACUCUCCACUAUCCAGUGUCCCAUGGAAGCUGUGAUCUUCAAGACCAAGCGUGGUAGACUCAUCUGUGCAGACCCCAGGCAGAAAUGGGUCAACGAUUACAUGAUGCUCCUUGACCAGAUGUCUCCAACUCUGCAGCCCUGACCCUUCACACCUGUGCUGAGAGACAGCGGUAGCCUGAAAUUCUCCCCUAACCUUCUC